UGAUACAAGUUGACGUUUCCAUAAUUCGGGAAAGCUGCACAAUAAUAAUUUCAAUACGCGAAUAAGAGUGUGAAGUCACUGUUUACGGCAAUUAUUGUUAAGUUUUUGAUUGCACUUCUACAUUGCUUUCUAGAUUUUAAGAUUUUCGCGGAGACGAUGAUUAAAGCCAUUUUAGUAUUCAACAAUCAUGGAAAACCGCGACUGUCUAAAUUUUACCAAUAUUUCAACGAGGACAUGCAGCAGCAGAUAAUUAAAGAAACGUUUCAGUUAGUAUCGAAACGGGAUGACAACGUAUGUAAUUUUCUCGAGGGAGGCAGUUUAAUCGGUGGAUCAGAUUACAAGCUUAUCUACAGGCACUACGCUACGUUGUACUUUGUCUUUUGUGUAGAUUCAUCUGAAAGUGAACUUGGCAUCCUAGAUCUUAUACAGGUUUUUGUUGAAACGUUGGAUAAGUGCUUUGAAAACGUUUGUGAGUUAGAUCUAAUUUUCCACGCCGAUGCCGUUCAUCACAUUCUAUCUGAGUUGGUUAUGGGCGGAAUGGUACUUCAGACGAAUAUGUCGGACAUAUUAGCUCGAAUUGAGGAACAAAAUAAACUACAAAAGCAAGAAGCUGGUUUGUCAGCCGCUCCGGCGAGGGCGGUUAGUGCUGUCAAAAGUAUGAAUCUUCCUCAACAAAUAAAAGAUAUUAAAUUACCCGAUCUUCCUCAAGCUAUUAAGGAUCUGAAAUUCUGACCAAGUACGAAUUUCGACACAUCGUUACUCACUAAAAUCGCCUCCGACUCGUCCUACAUUCCAAUCAGUAGCAGCGCUAUCGAGGGAUUCAAUUGCAAUUUGUAUCAAUCAGAACAUCCACAUAGAAAUAACUCCGCUGAAAGUAAAGGGAAUCUGCAGAAUGGAAAGCGAAAAUCAAAAAAUUCGGAUAGCAGCGAUCACAAAGAAGAACAGGAUGAUGAGUGGCAGAAUAAAACAGUUUAAAUCAUUUCCUGCAACUGCUGAUCGACUUCUAAUCCGAACCGGCCAGCGUUGUGGGCUAGUAUACUCGAUGUGAACUAAGCUAAAUUUGCAGCCUUUUAAAAUCUAACAUUGUGUAUUAGCAAAAAGCUUUGAUUCAAAGCUAGCAAAUAAAUGGUUGGCGCUCAAGUGCUCUACUAAUUUCA